UAAAAUUCGUCCAGAUUCAUUGUUAACCAAGUUAAAGUAAAUAUGCGAACGAAUUGCAUUUAAUUCUAAAAACAUUUUAUUGUUAUCGUUUAUUUCAACUUUAUACAAAACGAAGAAAAAGAGAAAAGGAUGAUGGAUCAUGGUACGCAAAGCGAAAGCGAUGAAGGAGAAAUAAAAUCUGAUUUUGGAGAAGAUUUAGAUGAAGAAUUGCAAUCCUUACCACAUGUAUUACAACUUAUCCGUAAAAUGCGUGAGAAUAUCAAGUGGCAACGUAAAAAGAUAGAAAAAUUACGUAAUAAAUUACAAGAACAGAAAAAUCGAAAUCAAAUGCGGAAUAAGAGUUUCAUAGAAUACGGUACUCAAACAGAUCCUUUAGAAUGCGAAAACAAAUCUUUAACAUUAAAUUGGGAUUUAAGUAAUAAUACAAAAUCAAAUAGUCUUGUUGAGCAAGUAAAGCAAGUAGCAGAAUCUGCUUUAUUGCAGAAUGGUUUUGUAUAUGAGGAAACUUCUGGAUUAUAUUACGAUUAUAGUACAGGAUAUUAUUAUGACGCUAAACAAGGACUUUAUUAUGAUGGAAAUUAUGGAUUAUAUUAUUAUUACGAUGAAAGCAGUAAAACAUUCAAGUUUCACAGCCAUGCGCAUGCAGUUGAGAAUAAUAUUGCACAUUCCCAAGAAAUCAAAAUGGAAGAAAAAUCAGAUAGCAAAAAGGCAAACAAGGAUACGGUGAAAAAACGCAAACUCGCUCAAGAUGGAGAGAAGUUAAGAGAUGAGUCUGAAGAGGGUGAAUGCUCGGAUAGCGAUAGUGAACAGAGCUCUUGUAACAUUACACCAGAAUUGUCCACUAAUAGUGAGACUGACAAUGAGGAAGAACGAGAUAUAGCAAAGACGUAUCCACCAUGUAUGAGAAUCAUAGUCAAAGAAACAAGCCUUCCAAAAUUAAAAGUUGGCUCGCUCUUCUUCGUAUCAUACACAGGUGGUUCAAUGGGUAAAGAAGGAGAUCAUUCUGUUAUAAUACCAGAUAUAAAUGUCAGUAAGUAUCACGCACGAUUCCUCUACAAUGAGAAAACGAAUUCUUAUUGGAUAGUAGAUUCAGGAUCGAGGAAUGGUACAUAUUUAAAUGGGAAAAGAUUGUCUGUGGCUAAACAAGAGUCAGAGUCAUAUGAGAUAGUACAUGGUUCAAUAAUUCAAGUGGGUAAUACAAAAUUGUUAUGUCAUAUACAUAACGGAAAUGAAACAUGCGGUCACUGCGAACCAGGAUUAGUUCAACACAAUGCAAAUACAGAAGAAAAUGUAUUUUCGAGAAAGAAUAUUCAUAAACAAGAAUUAAGAAGAUUAAAAACAAAGUUUGGAGUAGAAAAAGAUAAUGCUACGUCUGCCAGUCAAUUAGCAACUGGUUAUCGGGAUAGAGCUCAAGCUCGUAGACAGCGUGUUGGUUCAUCAAAUCAUCAUGCCAAAACUGAACAAAGCUCUAUCGAAACAUCGAUAGCAAAAGAUAAUCGAGGAUUCAAGUUACUAUCUAAAAUGGGAUGGUCCGAAGGUCGUUCCUUAGGGAAAGAUGGCGAUGGUAGAACCGAACCGAUAGCUAUAUCGAACAAUCCAAACAAGAGCGGCUUCGGUGCGGUUGAAGCUGACUUUCCUAAGAUCGAAUUGGAUUCUAACGUUGAGAAGAAACAGGCAAGAUGGCGUAAAACACAACAACGGUACAAUCAAAUUAUAGAAUAAAAAAACUCAAUUCAACUAAAACAAA